UGCAAGGACUCGGGCGGCGGCGCGGGGAGCGGCGCGGGGGGGCGGGCGCGCGGAGCGCUCCAAGAUGGCGCCCACCGCAGUCCCGCCCGCCGCAGCCUCGGCUUCUCUGCAGUCCGGCCGCGCCUCCCGGGCCCCGCGCUAGGGCCGCCGCCGCCUCCCUCGCAGCCUUUGCCAGUUGACUUGUCCUGAAUGCAAUAUAACUAACGAACAAAGCUGCUGCAGGAUGAGAAGAUGGCAGCUCGGCUGCUUGCACCACCAGGCCCUGAUAGUUUCAAGCCUUUCACCCCUGAGUCCCUGGCUAACAUCGAGAAGCGAAUUGCGGAGGACAAAAUCAAGAAGCCACCAAAGCAGGAUGGCAGCCACCGGGAUGAUGACGAGGACAGCAAGCCCAAGCCAAACAGUGACUUGGAAGCAGGAAAGAGUCUGCCUUUCAUCUACGGGGACAUCCCGCAAGGCCUUGUUGCUGUGCCGCUGGAGGACUUUGACCCGUACUAUUUGACACAGAAAACCUUUGUAGUACUAAACAGAGGGAAAACACUCUUCCGAUUUAGUGCCACACCUGCCUUGUACAUUUUAAGUCCUUUUAACCUGUUGAGAAGAAUAGCUAUUAAAAUUUUGAUACAUUCAGUAUUUAGCAUGAUCAUUAUGUGCACUAUUUUGACCAACUGUGUAUUCAUGACUUUUAGUAACCCUCCAGACUGGUCGAAGAAUGUGGAGUACACGUUCACGGGGAUUUAUACUUUUGAAUCACUUGUGAAAAUUAUCGCCAGAGGUUUCUGCAUAGACGGCUUUACAUUUUUACGAGACCCAUGGAACUGGUUAGAUUUCAGCGUCAUUAUGAUGGCAUAUGUGACAGAAUUUGUGGACCUGGGCAAUGUCUCAGCGCUGAGAACAUUCAGGGUUCUCCGAGCUUUGAAAACUAUCUCUGUAAUUCCAGGUCUGAAGACCAUCGUAGGAGCCCUCAUUCAGUCAGUCAAGAAGCUGUCUGAUGUGAUGAUCUUAACCGUAUUCUGCCUAAGUGUCUUUGCCUUGAUUGGACUACAAUUGUUCAUGGGCAACCUGCGGAACAAGUGUGUUGUGUGGCCCAUUAAUUUCAAUGAGAGUUUCCUUGAAAAUGGCACCAAAGGUUUUGACUGGGAAGAGUAUAUCAACAACAAAACAAAUUUUUAUACCAUACCGGGCAUGUUAGAUCCUUUACUUUGUGGGAACAGUUCUGAUGCUGGGCAAUGUCCUGAAGGAUACCUAUGUAUGAAAGCAGGAAGGAAUCCAAAUUAUGGCUAUACAAGCUUUGAUACCUUCAGCUGGGCCUUUUUGGCAUUGUUUCGCCUUAUGACCCAGGACUAUUGGGAAAACUUGUAUCAAUUGACUUUACGAGCAGCAGGAAAAACGUACAUGAUCUUCUUUGUCCUGGUUAUCUUUGUGGGUUCCUUUUAUUUGGUCAAUCUUAUCUUGGCUGUGGUAGCCAUGGCCUAUGAGGAGCAGAACCAGGCGACUUUGGAGGAGGCAGAACAAAAGGAGGCAGAGUUCAAGGCAAUGUUGGAACAAUUAAAAAAGCAACAGGAAGAAGCCCAGGCUGCUGCAAUGGCCACUUCUGCUGGAACUGUGUCAGAAGAUGCUAUAGAAGAAGAAGGUGGAGGGAGGGGGUCUCGCAGCUCUUCUGAAAUUUCUAAACUUAGUUCAAAGAGUGCCAAAGAGAGACGUAACAGGAGGAAGAAGAGGAAACAGAAGGAGCUCUCUGAAGGAGAAGAGAAAGGGGACAGUGAGAAGGUGUUUAAAUCAGAGUCGGAAGAUGGUAUGAGGAGGAAGGCCUUUCGCCUACCAGACAACAGGAUAGGCAGGAAAUUUUCUAUCAUGAACCAGUCGCUGCUCAGCAUUCCGGGUUCCCCAUUCCUUUCUCGCCACAACAGCAAGAGCAGCAUCUUCAGCUUUAAGACGCCGGGCAGGUUCCGAGACCCUGGUUCAGAGAAUGAGUUUGCUGAUGAUGAGCACAGCACAGUGGAGGAAAGCGAAGGCCGCCGAGACUCGCUCUUCAUCCCCAUCCGGGCCCACGAGCGGCGCAGCAGCUACAGUGGCUACAGCGGCUACAGCCAGGGCAGCCGCUCCUCCCGCAUCUUUCCCAGUCUGCGCCGCAGCAUCAAACGUAACAGCACGGUGGACUGCAACGGAGUGGUGUCCCUCAUCGGGGGGCCUGGGCCCAUGGCCCCAGGGCGACUUCUGCCUGAGGUGAAAAUAGAUAAGGCAGCUACCGAUAACAGUGCAACAACUGAUGUGGAAAUUAAGAAGAAAGGCCCUGGAUCUCUCUUAGUUUCUAUGAACCAGCUAAAUGCUUCAUAUGGACGCAAGGACAGAGUCAACAGUGUCAUGAGUGUUGUUACAAAUACGCUGGUAGAAGAGUUAGAAGAGUCUCAGAGAAAGUGCCCUCCAUGUUGGUACAAAUUUGCCAACACUUUCCUCAUCUGGGAAUGCCAUCCAUACUGGAUCAAACUAAAGGAGAUUGUGAACAUGAUUGUUAUGGACCCUUUUGUGGACUUAGCCAUUACCAUCUGUAUUGUCCUGAACACCUUGUUUAUGGCGAUGGAGCAUCAUCCCAUGACACCACACUUUGAAAACGUCUUGGCUGUAGGAAAUCUGGUUUUCACUGGAAUUUUCACAGCAGAAAUGUUUCUGAAGCUUAUAGCCAUGGACCCCUAUUAUUAUUUCCAAGAAGGUUGGAACAUUUUUGAUGGAUUUAUUGUCUCCCUCAGUUUAAUGGAACUCGGUCUAGCAGAUGUGGAAGGACUUUCAGUGCUGAGAUCUUUCCGUUUGCUCCGAGUCUUCAAAUUGGCCAAAUCCUGGCCCACUUUGAAUAUGUUGAUCAAGAUCAUUGGGAACUCAGUGGGUGCUCUAGGCAACCUGACGCUGGUGCUGGCCAUCAUUGUCUUCAUCUUUGCUGUGGUGGGGAUGCAGCUGUUUGGGAAAAGUUACAAGGAGUGUGUCUGCAAGAUCAACCAAGACUGUGUGCUCCCUCGCUGGCACAUGCAUGACUUUUUCCAUUCUUUCCUCAUCGUCUUCCGUGUGUUGUGUGGGGAGUGGAUCGAAACCAUGUGGGAUUGCAUGGAAGUGGCGGGCCAGGCCAUGUGCCUCAUUGUCUUCAUGAUGGUUAUGGUCAUUGGCAACUUGGUGGUGCUGAAUCUGUUUCUAGCCUUGCUUCUAAGCUCCUUCAGUGCUGACAAUCUGGCUGCCACGGAUGAUGAUGGAGAAAUGAACAACCUACAGAUCUCUGUCAUCCGAAUUAAGAAGGGGGUAGCCUGGAUUAAGUUGAAAGUGCAUGCCUUUGUUCAGACUCACUUCAAACGUGAGGCUGAUGAGGUGAAGCCCCUGGAUGAGCUAUAUGACAAAAAGGCCAAUUGCAUUGCCAACCACACUGGGGCUGACAUUCACCGAAAUGGGGACUACCAGAAGAAUGGGAAUGGUACCACGAGUGGCAUUGGUAGCAGCGUGGAGAAGUAUAUCAUUGAUGAGGACCACAUGUCCUUCAUCAACAACCCCAACCUGACUGUGCGGGUUCCUAUUGCUGUGGGCGAGUCUGACUUUGAAAAUCUCAAUACUGAGGAUGUCAGCAGCGAGUCAGAUCCCGAGGGCAGCAAAGAUAAACUGGAUGAUACCAGUUCAUCUGAGGGGAGUACUAUUGAUAUCAAACCAGAAGUGGAGGAAGUACCUGUGGAGCAACCUGAGGAAUACUUGGAUCCAGAUGCCUGCUUCACAGAAGGUUGUGUCCAGCGGUUCAAGUGCUGCCAGGUCAACAUUGAAGAUGGACUUGGUAAGUCCUGGUGGAUCCUACGGAAAACCUGUUUCCUUAUUGUGGAACACAACUGGUUUGAGACCUUCAUCAUCUUCAUGAUUCUGCUGAGCAGUGGUGCUCUGGCCUUUGAGGACAUCUAUAUUGAACAGAGGAAAACCAUUCGCACCAUUCUGGAAUAUGCAGACAAGGUCUUCACCUACAUUUUCAUACUGGAGAUGUUACUCAAGUGGACAGCAUAUGGCUUUGUCAAGUUCUUCACCAAUGCCUGGUGCUGGCUGGACUUUCUCAUUGUGGCUGUCUCUUUAGUCAGCCUUAUAGCUAAUGCCCUGGGCUACUCGGAACUAGGUGCCAUAAAGUCCCUUAGGACCCUAAGAGCUUUGAGACCCUUAAGAGCCUUAUCACGUUUUGAAGGGAUGAGGGUGGUUGUGAAUGCCUUGGUCGGAGCCAUCCCCUCCAUCAUGAAUGUUCUGUUGGUGUGCUUGAUCUUCUGGCUGAUUUUUAGCAUCAUGGGGGUGAACCUGUUUGCAGGGAAGUACCACUACUGCUUCAAUGAAACAUCAGAAUACCGCUUUGAGAUAGAGGAAGUCAACAAUAAAUCAGACUGUGAAGCACUUAUGGAUGGGAAUUCCACUGAGAUCCGGUGGAAGAAUGUGAAGAUCAACUUUGACAAUGUAGGGGCAGGAUAUCUGGCUCUUCUCCAGGUGGCAACCUUUAAAGGCUGGAUGGACAUCAUGUAUGCAGCUGUGGAUUCCCGAAAGCCCGAAGAACAACCCAAAUAUGAAGAUAACAUCUACAUGUACAUCUACUUUGUCAUCUUUAUCAUCUUUGGCUCCUUCUUCACCCUGAACCUGUUCAUUGGUGUCAUCAUUGACAACUUCAAUCAACAAAAGAAAAAGUUUGGAGGUCAGGACAUCUUUAUGACUGAAGAACAGAAAAAAUACUACAAUGCCAUGAAGAAGCUGGGCUCAAAGAAACCCCAAAAACCCAUCCCCAGGCCCCUCAACAAUAUUCAGGGUGUCGUCUUUGAUUUUGUAACUCAGCAAGCUUUUGACAUCGUGAUUAUGAUGCUCAUUUGCCUCAACAUGGUGACGAUGAUGGUGGAAACAGACACUCAAAGCAAGCAGAUGGAGAACAUCCUGUAUUGGAUCAACCUGGUCUUUGUCAUUUUCUUCACAUGCGAGUGUGUGCUCAAGAUGUUUGCUUUGCGGCACUACUACUUUACCAUUGGCUGGAACAUCUUUGACUUUGUGGUGGUCAUCCUCUCCAUCGUUGGAAUGUUCCUAGCUGAUAUAAUAGAGAAAUAUUUUGUGUCCCCAACUCUAUUCCGAGUCAUUCGAUUGGCCCGAAUUGGACGCAUCUUGCGUCUUAUCAAAGGAGCCAAAGGGAUCCGUACCCUUCUCUUUGCCUUAAUGAUGUCCUUGCCAGCCCUUUUCAAUAUUGGCCUUUUGCUGUUCUUGGUCAUGUUCAUCUUCUCCAUCUUUGGGAUGUCUAACUUUGCCUAUGUCAAACACGAAGCUGGCAUUGAUGACAUGUUCAACUUUGAGACGUUUGGUAAUAGCAUGAUCUGCCUGUUCCAAAUCACCACCUCAGCCGGCUGGGAUGGUCUCCUGCUGCCCAUACUGAACCGCCCGCCUGACUGUAGCCUGGACAAGGAGCACCCAGGUAGCGGCUUUAAGGGAGACUGUGGGAACCCUUCCGUGGGCAUCUUCUUCUUUGUCAGCUACAUCAUCAUCUCCUUCCUAAUUGUGGUGAAUAUGUAUAUUGCCAUUAUCUUGGAGAACUUCAGUGUGGCCACAGAGGAGAGCGCAGAUCCUCUGAGCGAGGAUGACUUUGAGACCUUCUAUGAGAUUUGGGAGAAAUUUGACCCUGAUGCCACCCAAUUCAUUGAGUAUUGUAAACUGGCAGACUUUGCUGAUGCUUUAGAGCACCCGCUCCGUGUUCCAAAGCCCAACACCAUUGAGCUCAUUGCCAUGGAUCUGCCAAUGGUAAGUGGCGAUCGCAUCCACUGCCUGGACAUCCUUUUUGCCUUUACCAAGAGGGUCCUUGGGGACAGUGGAGAGCUGGAUGUCCUUCGGCAGCAGAUGGAAGAGAGAUUCGUAGCAUCCAAUCCUUCCAAAAUGUCUUAUGAGCCCAUCACCACCACACUGCGACGCAAGCAGGAAGAUGUGUCUGCAGUGGUCCUUCAGCGCGCCUAUCGGGGACAUUUAGCCAGACGAGGCUUCAUCAGCCGAAAGCUAACCUCCAAUAAGCUGGAGAACGGGGUCACGCACCGGGAGAAGAAAGAGGGGACCCCUUCUACAGCCUCUCUCCCAUCCUAUGACAGUGUAACUAAGCCUGAAAAGGAGAAACAAGAACGCGCAGAGGAAGGAAGAAGGGAAAGAGCUAAAAGACAAAAAGAGGUCAGGGAAUCCAAGUGUUAGAGGAAAAGCAAAAAAUUCUAUCUUGUACAGAUUUAAAACUUGAAAGUGAAAGAUUGUUUACAAACUUCCUGAUUAUUGUCAGUGCAGAACAGCAGUGGAGACCCUUCCCCGGAGAUCUAUACCAGACAUAGUCCGCUUCCCAUAUAACGAGGUUGCGUCUUUAGCAGUGACCUGCCAGAGGCAAAAGGACCCUUCUCUAUGGACACACAGAUUUCCUAACGCUCUGGCAGGUGGUUACUGCAUGUUUUCACAUCAGUCAAUGCAACUUUAGGACAAAACCAAGAGGAAACAAAAAAAACAGGACACAGUGAUAGGCUGCCGGGACCAGCAUAUUUCCGUUGCAGCCAAAUGGGUUUUAUUUUCUCAUUUUGUUGAUUCUCAGAAGCAGAAAGCACCACUUUAAAAGUUUGUUUGUUCAUGCAAACAAUAUUUGCAUUCCUACAUUAGUUAAGCAGCUAAAAAAAAAAAAAGAAAGAAAGAAAGAAAGAAAACACAUUUAGCCCAUGUCAUUUAAUUGUCAGUUUCUUUGGUAUUAACCACAUCUUCUUUACAUGGGCUUCACAUGGUUUGGAGAUGGGUGGGAAAAAACAACCAGGUUUCUUCAGGCUGAGGAGGACUUGCUCAGGCCAAUUCCAAACAUUGUGCUCGUUCAAUGCGUAGAAAUGAUUUGCAUGAUGGCAUGCUGUGAUCAGAAGUCAUGCAUGAGAACCAUACACCACAGGACACUAAUGGCCUGUCCCCUGCCCUGGGUCAUCCUUGGGACAAGAUCCAGCCCUGCACCGGUCACUGUAUUGGGAGAAAACAGUAAGAUGUCCACGCCCACUAUAAUUCCUCAUCAGCACUUCCCGGGUAAACAAAACAAAGCCAACCAACCAAACCGAAAGCAGACCAAAUCCUUUUUUGUUUGUAUGUUCAAUCAACAUUUCUGACAUACAGCCAUUAUUGCACAUGUAAAACAUGAACUCCUAAAUGCUGCUCUAUGCCCUAUUCUUAGGGAUACUGAUACCGAAUGGCUUGUAUUAAAAACCAUCACUGUAAAACCAAAUCCUAGGGCUUACAGAAACAAACAGAACCAGUUCAUUUGUAUCUUGCAAUAUUUACAAUGAUUAUUCAGCCUUUGCACUGGAGAAGAGGCAUUAUUUUGGAUUGAGAUAAGUACUAUUGGAAAAUAGCACUCUAUCUCUUGGUAACUUGGGGAACUUGAACCAACCUUUGGUUUGGGGGUUAAGGAAUGCUCACUUCACUUAGCAUCACGUCUUUCUGCAUUCUUGCUUUCUCCAGAAGGAAAAGAUGAGGGGAGGGGGGGUUUCAGAUAUUCUGUCCUGGCCUUUUGGCUCUUCUGCAGUGGGGUGGUCUAUAUAGCCUGGCUCUCUGCAUGACCUUUCUUUGCUUCCAUAACAUUUCCCACCAGUCAGGGGCUCUCCCUGGCCUCCUUGGAAUGGGAUGGACAGAAGCAAUAGAACUGUCCUGGGGUUGUCACUAAUCUUUGUGGUACAGCAGUAGUUGAAAAGUCCCAAGGUGGAAACAGAGACACCUUUUCACCUUCUUUCGUUUGGUUUCUUCUCUGCAAUGCUCUUGAUGAGGAAGGGAUUUCAUAAUCAUAUUCCAGGAAGCUCUAAUUUCUCCCAGCAUAUUUUCAAGUUUUGUUGUCCAUUUAGUUCUCUAUUCCUGCUGUCCCCUUCCAUUGGUGUGUGAUUUUAGGGCAGGGUGACUUUGCCCAUAGAAUGAAUUUCCCCUCAAAAACUAUCUUUCCAUUUCCUGUUUAAGGAAGGAAUGUUUCAGUCCAGUGGUUUCUCAUUGUGCUGACUUUUGAUUUUCAAAUUGAGAUGCUGCAGCCAAGCGCCAGUGAGAAUGAGAGAGAGAGAGAGAGAGAGAGAGAGAGAGAGAGAGAGAGAGAGAGAGAGAGAUGGAGAUGUUAGAGCGUGGACCAAAUCAAAUACAACCUUCUAGAACCAUAAAAAGGGGAAAAAAUCCCCCCAAAACAUAUACACCAACCUGCCUUGCAAUAGAAACACUUAGGUUGUCAUUUCACAGUUUAACUGGCUUGUUUUGCAUAGACCAAACCACAGCCAAUCAGUAAGCAGAGCUCUUUAUCAGGCUGGACUUAAGUGGUGAUUGAGGGAGUAAGCGAGCUCCAUUCAGUUCUCCUAGGCCAGUUCCAGCAGUGUCAUCAGCAGAGCUGUCUGUCCUGUGAUACCAGAUACAAGAAUAGGAAGUCAUUUUUACCUGCCAGUUACCCUCCCUACUGCUAGGUUGUAUAGUCACAUACAUAUGUACAGGCUCCAUUGUAAACAGCACAAAAGCUGAGACGUGUGGUUAAACUUUUUAAGAGAAUUAUAAAUACUGUAAUAUAUCAUCAUUUUAUUUUAUUGGCAUGCCUUUUGUAAAUACAAAAGAUUAACUAAAUUAAAUAGGAAAUGGCUUCUGGCUUAUGCCAUUGACAUGUUUAUUUUUAUUUUUUAUACUUUUCUUUCUUCUUAGGUCUUAGAUGCUGUCAGCCAAUGUACAUCCCCAAACCAGACAGACAAAAAAUUUUUUAUUGCUAAUGGUCUUUUCCAAAAUGACAAAAAAAAGUUUAUUUUUGUUCCAAUGUGCAAUAAAUUCUAACCACUUCUAUGCAAGAUUUGGCUAAACUUUAUAAUUGUUCUUAGGUCUUAAGGUGGGCAACGGAGUUGUAAUAUCCAGCAUGGCGGGUACAUGGAGUGCUCACACUAAUGAUGUCAUUAAGCUACUAGAGCAUAAUAAUGAGAUUUUUUCCUGAAAUUUGACUUUUUUUUUCCCUUGCCCAAAUUUCCCAUUCCCAAUCCAACAAGCUUCCUCCUUAGUACCACGUGGGCCUUGGUAUCUGACAUCCCUUUACCAGCUUCCCAGGGAAUAGGUCAUUCCCUCUGUCAUUUGAAUUUUCAUCUUUUUUUUUCUUUUUUUUAAAGAAAGAAAGAACUCUUCUGACCCUUCUUGCCCUUACCUAAUCACCCACCUCCACCCCACACUCCUUUUGGUAGCAAAUGACACCAUCACCAGCAGUUUACACCCAUAGAGAAUGGGCACUGAACUGAAAGUACUACUACUGACAUUUUUGUAUGUCUUCCCUGGGCAGGUGAGUGGCAAUACUUUGCCAAAAACUAAAAAUGCCAAUCAGGAAAGCAGCAGCAUCCACAGUACCACUGCGCGCAUAUAUAUAUAUAUAUAUAGAUAUAUAAAUAUAAUAUAAAUAUUUAUUUUUUGUAGCCAGGUCCUUGGUGCAGUAUUUAUACUUGGGAAUCCACCUUUAAAAGAGGACAAAAAAAAGCAAACAGACACACGAUGCUGUCCAUUUAAAAAAGCAAAGCCAAAGCCACGAGCAGCAACAUCAGACAUUGCAGUUGUCGGUGGAUACGUACCACCUGUCCCCCCCCUUCCCUUCUUUCCUUCCAACUGUGGUUGCUCUUUAGGAAUUCCAAGCAGAGGGCAAGAUGGGAGUUGGGGGAAGGAUAGAAAAACUGAUCCAAUUCAGAUGAGCUGCGCUCAAUCCUUUCUGAAUGCACCCUGUUUAGCAUGGGGAGUCCAUGUAGGAGAAUUAAGCAGAGACCCCAAGUUAGAACCCCUGGGGUCACUUUACCCAAAGUCCUUUUCUUUUUUCUGCCGAAACAACUGUAAGCCUGUAAAAGACCAAUAAUGAAAGAUGAGUGUAUUAGUGACUGCAUGGAGACCAAUGCUGCUCUAAGACAGGUGUGAUCAAAUACAUCACUAUCAUAAGCCAAAAGGAAACAUAAUAAAAAUUACCCUUUUUACUGUACAAGGGAAGUUUGUCUUGGUGUUUGUCUGUUGCUUGACUAUCCCGGUUCUUGAGUUCUGGUUCGGGUCUGGGAAAUGAAGUAUUAGCAAAUUGGAUUUGGGAAGGGAGGGAGGAGAAGUCAGAAAGUCUCUUGGAAGGCUCUGGUUUUUGAGGGGGAGGAGCAUAUGAAGAUGGGAGUGGAAAAAUUUGACCUGGACUCAGAUGCCUCCUCUCACCAAUUGUACAUAGGCUCCCUUGUCCACACUGGAUCUUGACCCAGAAACUCUGGAAAUCAUCUCAGCCUCCCCAGCUGAAUUUCUCUAAAGUGUCACUAGUGUUGGUCCUGCUGGUUUGGUCCCAAUUGCUUUCCCCAAGGAAGAAAUCUUCCUCCCCAUAUACACCUUCCCCAGUGGGCACAGCUCCCAAUAGCCUCCUCAUCCCUCCUGCUAUGCAAUACACUGAUCCCUGGCCAUCAUUCCUUCUACAGCUGGACAAAGCGGGGUUGUUUCUUAAUACACAUCACUCCCAUUCAUAUCCUCUACAGCAGCCAGGUGAAAGGCACCCCUCUUUUAGGCCAUAUCUCUGGUCCAGGAAUACGCAGUAGCAAAAACAAGUGUAUUUUGUUCAACUUGGGAAGCUGCAGUUUUGGAAGGAGGUAGAUGGCGAACCCAUCCUCAAAGCCAACUCUUGCUCUCUUUUCCCAGCCACCCCGCUCCCUGGCCCCCAAGCCCUGCAAUGGAGGAGUGUUUGCCAUCAGUUAGGACUUAACUCCUGAGCAUCUUCAACCAUGUUGCCUACUUUUUUCCCAGUGCCCAAAGUUUUUUGCAAAAAGCUUUGUCCAUUUUCAGAAACCUCACCCCACUCACUUGCACCUACUCACACUCCUGAGGAAUUAGCUCCAGUUGGCCAGCACAGUGGGGAUAUCAGGUCAGGAUCAGGGAGAGAAUGCAAGGUUUGUACCACAAUGGAACAAAUCACUCAGCGCCUGGUUGUCUUGAUCUUACUUUUUCAAAAGGUAGCCAGCCAAGCUCUUCCCAAAGUCAGAACAAUCUCCUGGGGCUCCCACUGCUGCUGCUGUACAUAGAGGUGGUUGAGAAGUUCGGGAUGGGUGUGCAUGUGGUGUGUGUGCAUUCACGCGCGUGUAUGUAUCUCUGUGUGUGUGUGUGUGUAUGUGUGUGGAACGUUUGUAGGUAAAGUGUGACCCAGUGGUUUCAGCAAAGGAACAGGACUCCUGGAUUCCAUCCUCAGCUUCUGCCACUGGCUCGUUCUGUGGCCUUAGGCAAGCCACUUAACCUCUCUGUGCCUCAGUUUCCCCAUCUGUAAAAUGGGGAUAAUAAUACUGACCUACCUCACAGGGGUGUUGUGAGGCUUCAACUAAAUGUCUGUAAAGCGCUUUGAGGUCCAUAAGGCAAAGGCACUAGGGAAGAGCAAAAAAGUAUUAUUAUUAUUAUUCUUGAACUGAGGAAGAUGAAAACAGUACCAUAAAUGCUGCUAUUAUGAGAGCCAUUUUAAAUUGCACUGCUCCAACCACCCCCGCUUCUCAGCAUCAGAACAGCAGGUCGAAAAAAUGGCUUUCUUUUCACUUGCUUCCAGAGUUGGUGAUAACUAGACAGUCUAUAUUGUUUUCCUUGCUGUAUCUCCUUCCCCUACCCUCUUGGCUUGUUCCCUGUUCCGUUUCUUCGGAGAAAGGCAGGCAUGCUUGAGACAUGAGAAUGUAUAGUGGGUUGGAAGAUUAUAGUCUGAAAUUUUGAUUUUACUUUGUACUGUACAUCUUUUUACUUUAGAAUUUGCAAUAAAGGGUUACGUCAAUCUUGUUUUCAACUCUC